AUGAGUGGAUACAUAUAUUUUGAUGUUGAAAUCAAACUUGCGAAGAAGCCGAACCAGCUAUCCGCACUCUACCUGAAAUCCAGCAUAGACCAUUCGCUGACGAAAAUAUUCGGAGAAAUUGGCGGUCAAACCGAGGUGGAUUUACUAAAGUUCGACGAACAACGACAGCGCAUUAUUCUUCGAGUUCCAAAAGAGUUUUACGGAAAGCUGCGAACUGCCAUCACCCUGAUAGGAGAGUAUCAAGGAGUGCCGUGCAAUUUCCAGGUGAAGAAAGUGUCGCCGGUUCUACUUACAUUGGUGGAAACUCAUUUGGAUUUCGCAAGUCAGACUAUCGAGUGA